CCGCGCGUGGCCCCCGGCUGGGAUGGCGCCCCCGGUCCUGCUCCUCGUGGCGCUGCUGCUCUGGCCGCCCUCCAUGGCGGCCCGUCGGCGGCAGCGGCCCAUGACCCCUGACGAGGAGCAGAGCCUGAGCCACUACGUGCAGGCCCUGCAGGACGCGAUGCUCAGCGUGCCCACCCGGGAGCCCGAGGCCGGCCGGUUGCUCUCCUCUCCGGGCCUCUCCGCCAGCCGGGGCGCCUCGCGGCCCAAGGGGCUGCUCACCUCGGACGCGGGGUCGCAGGACGGCGACGACAGCGUCCCCCUGGGGCCUGCCGACGGGACCACCACGGUGCUGGCCCGGGUGCUGCCGCCCCACCUGCCGAGCCCCCGGCCCACCAAGGCGCCCUUCUGGGCCUUCAAGCGCAGCAACGUGUCGGUGGUGCUGCGGCCGGCCGAGCCCUACGUGGUGCAGGAGCCCGAGCCCGAGCCCGAGCCCGAGCCCCGGCAGCCCCACAAGGGCGCCCCGACGCCCCCCACGGCCGGGCCCGAGCUGGAGGACGUGCCGCAGCUGCUGGACGCGGGCAAGGAGGGCGCGCCCCCCGGGCAGGCCGAGAUCCUGGACAAGCUCGCCGUGCUGGCUUCGCGGGUGCGCCGGCUGCCGCUGGCCCAGAUGAUCCGGCCCGAGUUCAGGGCCGACAUGCGCGCCUCCCGCGAGCACCUGCGGCGCAGCCUGGCCCUGGCCGAGGCCGCCGAGCACAAGCUCCGCAAGAUGUACCGCUCGCACGUGCUGCCGGGCGGCCGGGACGACGACGCCCUGGACGAGCUGCACGCGGAGGGCGCCGGGGACACGGACACGGAGGGCGCCGGGGACACGGACACGGAGGGCGCCGGGGACACGGAGGGCGCCCGGGACACGGAGGACGACGGGGACGUGCAGGUCGCCCCCAGCCUGGACCGCGUGGUCAACCUGUUGUACAGGGCCCGCGCGCGGCUGCCCGACUACCUGGACCCUGGGCGGGUGCCCGCCAGGCUGCGCAGGAAGGCCAGGGCCGUGGUGGGCGCCCUGAGGAGCGCCCUGUGCAGCACCCACAACGAGACCCACACACUCAUCCGCAGACUUCUGAACAACAACAUCCGGAUGCUGAACCUGCUGGACGUGCUGUGACUCCUCCCGUGACCCCUGUUCUAAAUAAAGAUCUGGCCAGGGAGCCGGCAGUUUUCCUCUCU